AUAGGAAUGACUUGUAGGAGAGUGGAUGAAUGAAAUAUUUUCGUCAAUUGAAACGUUCGGCGAUGAACCUGCCUCUAAUCUCGUGAAGAUCCGUUUACAUUGCCUUAGAUGAAGUGAGUGAAUUUGUUGUUCUUCCUUCCUUCGUUCGUUCCUGUUUGAUCCUCGUUUCUCCUCCAACUUGGUCUGUUUUUUGCCCGAGCAUUUUCCACUUGUCAGUCUUGGGAAAGUGCUCCACAGAUUGGGGUGAGAAAAAUCCGCGCCAAGCUCGAAAAGUGUGACUUUCAAGGCCAAUUCGACCAUCUUGGACAUUUCACCAUGGCUCACGGCAUUUCACAAGAGAAAUUGAAUGACAUCGGGCUUGAAGCGGAGCAAGUGAAUGUAUUGAAAAAAUGCUUUGACGGAUUUUGCCAAGAUGGGGCAAUCCAUAUUGACACCAUUGGCACAAUCUUGACCAUGAUGGGUCUCAGAGUAAAACCAUCGGCAUUGAGGGAGAUCGUAGAGGAGAUCGACGAGGACGGAUCAGGGUUCCUCGAGUUUGAAGAGUUCUGUCAACUUAGUGCCAAAUUCCUCGUAGAAGAGGACGAGGAGGACAUGAAGAAUGAACUGAAGGAGGCAUUUCGAAUAUACGACAAAGAAGGCAAUGGUUAUAUCCCUACAUCUGCACUCAAAGAAAUUCUUCAUGAAUUGGAUGCUAAGUUGACAGAUCCCGAAUUGAAUGGCAUCAUUGACGAGAUUGACGAGGACGGAUCUGGGACUGUGGAUUUUGAUGAGUUUAUGGAAAUGAUGACCGGCUGAUGAGGCAACCGAAUUAAAUUGCUCCAAUUUUGAUCCCACGUUAGAGUCUGUUGUGUUCAUUUUGUUUUCUACUCUUGUUUGUAUGUUUCUUCUUGUACAAAAAUGCCAAUGAUAGCUCUCCUCCCUAGUUCUUUCACAUGAGAGAAUCAUUUACACUUGUAAAGAUGCCUUGGGUGUUAUCAUUUGUUUUCCUUCUAAAGUCAGGCAUUAUGAGUCUCUCCCAAAAGGAGUUGGUUGUAGGUUGUCGAGUCUGUAAUCAGAUCAUCCUUUCAUGCUCUCAGUCUAUUUGAAGCUGUUGUUCUAGUUGUGGGCAUUCUCGAUUGUGCAUUUGUUUAUCUGUAACCCCUGCAAUGUCAACAUUCAUUUGAAGAAAACAAAGAACUAGAUUCCAAUUGUCUGCCAUUCUUGUAAUUUCUUUGUAUCAGCCUCCACAAGUAAGGCCAAAACUAUUCUUCGGUUUCAAGUGCCACCCAUGAGAGGGCGGAAUAAUACCUUAUUCUAUGUGAAUAAAAUGCUCUUGAACUAGG